ACUCCAAUUGUCAACGACAACAACAACAACAGUGCAUAAAUGUUUGCUGAAAAAGUGAAUUUUUGUGUAGUUUUGUGGAAUUUUAGGAUGGCAGAACGUUUGACGGAUGAUGAAUUUCAAGCAUUUCUGGUUGAAAUGCAAGAGAACGAGAUAUGCUGGAAUAAAAAGCAUCCGCUUUAUGCGAAAACCAAUGCUCGCGAGAAGGCUAUCUUAGGGGUGGCGAAGAGGCUUCACAUGACCCCUGACAGGUUAAAGAAAUUAAUAAUUUAUAUGAAAAAAAAAUUCAAUGAGCAGGAACAGAGGAACAUGAAGAAAAGUGGAUCAGAGGCGGAUGGAAAAGCACCGGCAGAAUGGAAGUGGUACGGAGAAUGCCAGUUCCUGAAGCCUGGCCUUUGCAUUUCUGAAAAUGCAACCCAAAGUUUUAUUUUUAAAAAUCAGAAGUCCAGAAGCCCAGUGGUAAAUAACACUUCGUUCGCAAAAUCGGUAAAAAGUGUUAUUGAUUAUAACGUAGAUGAGGAAUUUGACGAUCAGGCUGAAAACACUGAAGCUAACAAGGCUACAAAGAAAGAAGCUGGAUCCUUGGAAGCUGACAGAGUAGCAUCAUUUUCGAAGAGUACAAGCGAGCACCACAAGAACACAGACAGAAAGAGAUCAAUAAAGGAUGAAAAUAUAAUCCAAAAUAAGCGUCAGCACAUUGGAUUUUCAUCUUCAACUUCGACAGAUGUUACUGCUUUUAAAACAAGUACGAUUAGUUCGGAUUCUGCAACACUCAUCACCACUCCCUCAACUGCCAGUCUCUCGCCUAAAGCCAAGUCCUCAUCCGUUACUUCUUCUUCAGCAAAUAGCAAUGAAGCUAUAGCUUAUCCUAGCCAGUCAACCGAUUGUUCCUUGCCACUAAUAUCUCAGGUAUCGCUAAACAACCCAACAUCCACUGUCACCAAAGUGAUCACCGGAAAUUUGACACCAAUGAUCAAUGAAAACCGUGAAUCACUGAUUGAAUCUGCCUCAAGUCUUGUAGCCUUGCAGCUCAGAAGAUCUAAUAUAUCAGAAGAAAGUCUCAUCAAUUUCCAUGCAGAUGUGAUACGAUUCAUAAAGUCUUAUCAAAACUUGUAGAUUAGAGGAAUCUAAAACUUGGAAAUUCAUUUCGCAAAAGCUCAUUAUAGACAUCAAGUUAUCGCAAGAGUAUCUGGAUAAUGAGAAGUACAAGACUUUAUAAACUUAAAAAUGCUGAAAUAUUAAAGUGCGAUUCGUGUAUUAAAAUUUAAAUAAUAUUAUUUUGAUCUAUUGAAUUAAAAAUAAAAGAAUGAAAAUGAAAUAUGAA